AUGAAGCGUCUCGCUAGCCCAAGAUUACUUGCCACCGUCAGCAGGAGGUGUCUCUUCUGUCUCGCUGCCACGAUCAGCGUCUCUCUAGCCCAGGAUUACUUGCCACCGUCAGCAGGAGGUGGUAGGGGAGGACCUCGAGGUAGCAGCUACGGGCCACCAUCGAACGACGGCCCCUCUGAACCAGCGAAUUACGAGUUCUCUUACGAGGUCCGCGAUGCACCUUCAGGUAACGACUUUGGCCACCAGGAGAGUCGUCAAGGCGACGUUGCUAUCGGCAUGUAUCACGUUAUGCUCCCUGAUGGCAGGAUGCAGAUCGUCGAUUAUACAGCCGACAACGAGGGAUACAAACCUAAGGUCAAAUACGAGGGCACAGCCAGCAGUGCUGGUGGUUAUAACUACCCCACCGCUGGAGGAUACAAGUACUAA